GACCCCGCGCUCUACUUCCCGCUGUCCUGCUACGAGCGGCUGCUGGCUCCCCUGCCGCCGCACUGCAGCCUCUUCAACGCGGGCUCACGCAUACCGGAGCCGGUGCGCCUGGCGUACAGGGGCCAGUUCCGCCCGCGUGCCUCCCCCGACGACAUCUCCGCCCGCCUGCAGCGCAUGCCUCCCUCCCUGCGGACCGCGCUCAUGCCCUUCCAGCGGCAGGGCGUGGAGUUUGGGCUGGCGCGGGGCGGCCGCUGCCUGAUUGCAGACGAGAUGGGGGUGGGCAAGACGGUGCAGGCGAUUGCGCUGGCGUCGUGCUACGAGGAGGAGUGGCCGCUGCUGUGUAUCGUGCCCGCGAGUCUGCGGCUGGUGUGGGCGGAGGAGCUGGAGAAGUGGCUGCCGCACAUCAGGCCCAGCCACAUCCAUGUCAUCGAGGGCAAGGCCAACCGCCUAACUGGCCGAGUGGCGAGAGGCCAGGCGCUUCCCCGCAUCACCAUCACCAGCUACGAGAUGAUGCGCCGCCUCACAUGUCCCGCCUGUUCCAAGAUCCGGCUGGCACCGCCACCGCCGCCAGCAGCGGUAGAUAAGGGGGAUAAGACUGCCGGGAAGGGCAGCGCCUCCGCAGCUGACGGUGUUGCGGGCGGGCGGAGCGUUGCUGGUGGUGGUGGUGGCGGCGGCAAGGCAGUAUGCUGGGGACCCG